AUGGCUGGUCACUGCAGAUGGCCGAUCUGGCAGUCGGACGACUUCAGCCGAUGCUUCCAACACGAAUACCUCCAAACGCUGCUCCCACUAAUAGCAUGCGGCGUGUCAAUACUUUACCUGGCCUACCAGAUCACACGAGCGACACAAAGUUCGAGCAGAGCUGGAAGAGAAUACAGUCUGCUCAAGCAGGAUGCUGCCAACGGCAAUGGCACGUACCACGACUCUGACGAGGAUGGCGUUACCGAUGAAGAAGAGGAUGAGAUGCAGCGGAACGAAGACAUGGCAUUGGAGCUGGCAAAGACAAAAGCAUCAGUCGUGGAGCUGGACCGACCUCGUGGCGAACUGGUCAUAUCGAUUGUGGAAGAGCUCGCAGUUCUGGGAGUACUGGGUAUACAGGUGGCAGCUCUGAUUCUGCAGAUAUGGGGUCGUCAAGGAGACGCCGCAGCGCUUGCGGGCGUGCUGGUGUGGACGUACAUUGCAAUCCUGGCCUCUCUCCGUCUACUCCUCUCCACGACGUCGAAGUGGUCGUUUCCGAGUCUCUGGUACCACACCUUCUUUCUCUACGGAAUCCAGUGGUUUUGUGUGAUUGUGUUGUUCCGUUCGCAAAUCAUUCAUCUCCAAUCCAUGACUGCGGAAGCACUUACGAGUGCAUACUUUGCACUGACAACGAUCCUCGCGCUGAUUUCCCUGACUUCGCGCAAAGGAAACCGAGCUGUCGAACUGGAGUACGAAGGAUCCUUGCAGCCAUCUCGUGAACCACUCGCGAGUGUAUUCGCGCUGGCAACCUUCAGCUGGGUUGAUCCAAUCGUGUGGACCGGAUACAAGCAAACCUACGAGAUGAAGGAUGUCUGGAAUCUGAUGCCCAAGGACAAGGCCGCCGCAAUUCUGAAGGAUUAUAGACAAGUCAAGAAAACGAGUAUCCUGGCGUGGCAUCUUCUGGCAUACUUCAAAAGAAGCUUUGUCCUCCAAGCCGCAUGGGCAGCGAUAUCUGCUAUGACCACUUUUGUGCCAACUCUACUGCUCAAGGUUAUCUUGGAAUACAUCGAGGAUCCUCUCGCAACUCCACGGAACGCAGCUUGGUUAUACGUUAUCCUGCUGUUCGUUUCUGGCAUCGUGAACGCACUCUCGACCGGACAGGCAUUGUGGAUCGGCAGAAAGGUGUGCAUCAGAUUGCGAGCCAUCAUCAUUGGUGAAAUCUACGGUAAAGCGCUGCGUAGACGUGCUGGUGCAGCACCAGACAAGGUCCUCGGCCAGGGCGAGAAGAAGGAUGGGAACAAAGCCAAGCAGAGCUUGAUCAAAAGAAUCACAUCUUUCGGCCGGAAAAGAAAGGCCAAAGCGGACGACGCGCAAAGCACUGCGGCGAAGAAAACAGACCCCGUGGAUGAGUCUCAAGUGACCUCGGGCGCGAUCAUCAAUUUGAUGGCUGUCGACUCCUUCAAGGUGGCCGAGAUCAGCUCAUACCUCCACUUUCUCUGGGCCGAGACUCCCGUCCAAUUCGGCCUCGCAGUUGGUCUACUGUAUCUCUUUCUGGGUACCAGUAGUCUUGUCGGCAUUGGGAUGAUGGCGCUCCUCUUCCCCGUCAACAUGUACAUUGCGAAACAGUUCACCUCGGUGCAGAAGAAGAUCUUGGCCGCAACAGAUGCCAGGAUUCACGUCACCAACGAGGUUUUGACCAACGUCCGCAUCAUCAAGUAUUUUGCUUGGGAGCAAAGAUUCCUCGCGUCGGUCGACGAGAAGCGCGUAGUCGAGAUGAGACAUCUGCGGAACCGGUUCAUUGUCUGGUCGGCGGCAGCUACCAUCUGGUCCGGUGCUCCGAUUCUGAUCACAUUCUUCACCUUCAUGUUCUACACGUUAGUGGAAAAGAAAGCCCUUGUGCCGUCGAUUGCUUUCACGGCGCUUUCGCUGUUUAGUCUGCUGCGAAUCCCGCUGGAUCAGUUGGCAGACAUGGUCGCUCACGUUCAAGAGUCGAAGGUCUCUGUCGAUCGAAUUGAGGAGUACUUGAAUGAACCCGAGACGGACAAAUACAUCCAGUUGCAGAGUCACGAACGCGACGAAAAUGGUGAGCCUUUGAUUGGCUUCGAGCGCGGAACUUUCAGCUGGGGCGGCAAAGACGAUGACGACUUCAAAAUGAUUGACCUGGAUAUGAAUUUCACCGUGGGCCAGCUCAAUGUCAUUGUCGGGCCUACAGGAAGCGGCAAGACGUCCAUGCUGAUGGCUCUCCUCGGAGAGAUGAAGCUACUGGCGGGCCAGGUCCAUCUUCCCGGUGGCCGUAGCAGGGAAGACCUCAAGCGCGAUCCUAACACUGGCCUGACAGAAAGUGUCGCAUACUGCGCGCAGCAACCAUGGCUUGUCAACGGCACCGUCAAAGACAAUAUCGUUUUCGCGAGCAAGUGGGAUGCGAGGCGAUACAAGGAUGUCAUUGUGGCCUGCUCCCUUCAGCGAGAUCUGGAGAUCCUGGACUCUGGCGAUCAGACGCUCGUUGGUGAGAAGGGAGUCACGCUUUCUGGAGGCCAGAAGCAGCGAAUCAGCCUCGCAAGAGCACUGUACUGUGAUGCCCGCCACGUUCUCAUGGACGAUGUUCUCAGUGCUGUCGAUUCGCAUACAGCCAAGUGGAUCUUCGAUAAAGCGCUGAUGGGACCUCUGAUGUACAACCGUACCUGCAUCCUCGUCACACACAAUGCAGUUCUGGCAUUGCCACACGCCAAAUUCGCCGUCGUCUUGGACAAUGGUAGGGUGACCGCACAAGGCAGCGCAAGUGAAGUUGUUGGAUCUGGCAAAUUGGCUGAAGACAUCAGCAAAUUUGCUUCUGCGCCUCCGUCGCGUCCGGCUUCGGCUCUUCCUUCAAGGGUCCCGUCCGAUCUGGCUCACGACGAGGACGAGAUCGACAGCGAGCCGAACGGAACGGCCAACAGCAACAUGUCAAGACGCAACACGGAGACUAACGGAACACCAUUUGGCGACCCAUUGACUUCUGCGAUAUCGAAGGAUAUUCCUGGCAUGAACAAAGCAGUCGAUUCCGAGACCAAGGCCGUCGGUGCCGUCAAACUCUCAAUCAUCCUGAUGUACCUUCGCUAUAUGGGAGGAGCCUUCUACUGGAUAGUCGCAGCUCUUUGCUUCGCCCUGCAACAAGUCUCACAAGUUGCCACCAACGUGUGGAUCAGACAAUGGGCCAAUUCGUAUACCGGGACCGAGUCGGCACUGUCAACCGCUGGGAUACAUACAUCGCCAGUGACCCACGUACGAGGUGGCAUCAGCAGUUCUUACAACUGUCUUCGGACUGGAUCUUGCAACUGGAACAUUCCUUUCUGGACAAAGCAGGCCGAGGACUUGAGCAGCUUCAAGGUUGUCAAUUCCGAUGUCAAUGUUCGUUACUACCUUGGAGUUUACGCCGCCCUCGGCCUCGGAUACAUGCUCGUUACACUUCUUCGUGAAGGUGUGCUGUUCGCUGGGUCGCUCAUGGCUUCUAAGCGGAUCCAUAGACAGCUGAUGACCAGAGUCACCCACGCCAAGUUCCGCUUCUUCGAUUCGACGCCACUGGGUCAGAUCAUGAAUCGAUUCUCCAAGGACAUCGAGGCGCUGGACCAAGAAGUUGCCCCAGUGGCGGUCGGAGUGGUGCACUGUCUCUUCUCUGUCCUCACAAUCGUGAUUUUGAUUUCGGUCAUCACACCGGCUUUCCUCAUCGCCGCGGUCUUCAUCACGGCCAUUUACAUCGUCAUCGGGAAAGUGUACAUCAACGCAUCAAGAGAUCUGAAGCGAUUGGAGUCCGUGCAGCGCAGUCCUCUGUAUCAGCAAUUCGGCGAGACGCUUUCCGGCAUGACAACGAUCCGCGCCUACGGCGACGAACGUCGCUUUAUCCGUGAUAAUCUGAACCAAGUCAACACGCACUCUCGUCCAUUCAUCUUCCUCUGGGCGUCGAACAGAUGGCUGUCCUUCCGCGUCGAUUUUGUCGGUGCUCUUGUCGCCUUCAUCACAGGAGCAUUUGUCAUUUCCAGCGUUGGGAAGAUUGAUGCAGGGGCUGCUGGUCUCGCCUUGACUUACGCUGUGACCUUCACGGAGAAUGUUUUGUGGUUCGUGCGAUUGUAUGCAGUGAACGAGCAGAACAUGAACUCCGUCGAGCGAGUGAAAGAGUACCUGGAUGUUGACCAGGAGGCAGACUCCAUUGUCGAGGAUAACCGACCGGAGCCGAACUGGCCAAGCAAGGGCUCGGUGGAAUUCAUCGACUACAGCACGCGCUACCGCAGCGACUUUGACUUCGUCUUGAAGAACAUCAGCUUCAAGAUUCUGCCCGGCGAGAAAGUGGGCGUGGUCGGCAGGACUGGUGCUGGCAAGAGCUCGCUUGCCCUUGCGCUUUUCCGCGCGCUCGAAGCAGAGAAGGGAAAGAUUCUCAUCGACGAUGUGGACAUUGGCGGGAUCGGAUUGCAGGAUCUUCGUGAGAACAUUGUGAUGGUGCCGCAAGACCCUACAUUGUUCACUGGAACGAUUCGCAGCAAUCUCGACCCUUUCGGUCUCUUCACCGAUGAAGAGAUCUUCACCGCUUUGAGGGGUGUGCAAUUAGUCGGAAAUGCCACCUCGACGGCGCCUUCGAGAGCGGCUUCCCCUCCUCGGACACCCAUCACUCCGACGCACAAACCAUCGCCUACAAAAGCAGCCACUUCUACACUGGAGAACAAGAACAUCUUCCGCAAUCUGUCCUCGCCUGUGGCCGAAUCUGGCAGCAAUUUGUCCCAAGGACAACGUCAACUUCUCUGCCUGGCAAGAGCCAUGCUCAAGGCACCCAAGGUUCUGCUCAUGGACGAAGCCACCGCCUCGAUCGACUAUGCGACCGACUCCAAGAUUCAAGAGACUAUCCGUGAGAUCAAGAACACGACCAUUACCAUCGCACAUAGAUUGCAGACUAUCAUCGACUAUGAUAAAGUCCUGGUGCUGGACAAGGGCGAGGUGGUGGAGUACGGCGAUCCCUUCGAUUUGGUCAGCCGCCAGGAUGGUGUCUUCCACGGCAUGUGCGAGAUGACUGGCGAUCUCGAUGUCCUCGUGAAGGAUGCGAAGAAAGCCCACGAUGGACGCAAGUUGGUUGAUGACAGCUGA